AUGAGUAAAUUACCGCGCGGGUUUGGAGCAGUCGCGGACAAGUCGGCAGAUGAGAAGGCCGACGGCGCAGAUACUGUCACCGCAAGUCUGGCCAGGCUCCGGUCGGCCAGCGCAUGCAUCGUCAGCCGCUGGGCCAUCACGUCAAGCAACUCGGCCAACCCUGCGGAACCGGCCCUAGAAGGCUUGCGGAAACCAUGGGAGGAGGGUAUGCACUAUCGUUCAUAG